CUCUGUCAGUGGAGGACGGUCCACUUAAAUGCAGUUCCAGGCUUGCAAGGCACCCAGGAGCAUCACUCCCCGUGUGAGCAGGCAAAUGCAACAUGCUCUCCAGCCUGGGGUGUCUGCUUCUCUGUGGAAGUAUUGCCCUUGCCCUGGGAAAUGCACAGAAAUUGCCAAAAGGUAAGAGACCGAACCUGAAAGUGCACAUCAACACCACCAGCGACUCCAUCCUCUUGAAGUUCCUGCGUCCAAAUCCAAAUGUAAAGCUGGAAGGCUUUCUCCUGGGAUAUGGCAGCAAUGUGUCCCCAAACCAGUACUUCCCUCUCCCCACAGAAGGAAAAGUCACUGAGGCUGUAGUAGAUGCGGAGCCGAAGUAUCUGAUAGUCGUGCGACCCGCUCCUCCUCCCAGCCAGAAGAAGUCAUGUUCAGGCAAAUCUCGCUCUCGAAAACCUCUCCAGCUCGUGGUUGGUACAUUGUCGCCAAGCUCAGUCUUCCUGUCCUGGGGUUUCCUCAUCAAUCCGCACCACGACUGGACGUUGCCAAGUCACUGUCCCAAUGACAGAUUUUAUACAAUUCGAUAUAGAGAAAAAGAUAAAGAAAAGAAAUGGAUUUUUCAACUCUGUCCAGCUACUGAAACAAUUGUGGACAAUCUCAAGCCCAACACGGUUUAUGAAUUUGGUGUGAAAGACAACAUGGACGGUGGAAUUUGGAGCAAGGUUUUCAACCAUAAGACUGUUGUUGGAAGUAAAAAUAAAGUAAAUGGGAAAAUCCAAAGCACUUAUGACCAGGUCCACACAGUGCCAGCAUAUGUCCCAAGGAAGCUAAUCCCAAUAACAAUCAUCAAGCAAGUGAUUCAGAAUGUUACCCACAGGGCUUCAACUAAAGCCCCAGACAAGACUCCUUUUGGAGGAACAAUACUAGUUCAUCUUAUUAUUCCGGGACUUAAUGAUUCCAUGGUAAAACUUCCCACAUCCAUAAUGCUUGAGAUUUCGGAUGCUCUCAAGGCACAAUUAGCUAAGAAUGAAACAUUGGCAUUACCAGCAGAAUCUAAAACACCAGAGGUUGAAAAAGUUGCAUCCCAGCCAGUAACAGUGACUCCGGAAACAGUUUCAAGAAGCAUUAAAUCCACAGUGUCUAGCGCGUUAGACACCUCAGAGCCAGCACUGGCCCUCAAUGAGAAGACCCCAGAAACCGCCCAUUCGGUUCUAAUGCCUGAGUUUGAAUUGCCUUUGAGCACUCUAGCUCCAAAAAGGUUUCCAGAGUUUCCCGAGGCAGAAGCAGCCUUCCCUUUGGAGAAACCAGGGGGUACCUUGGUUUCAAGUGAAGAUCAGUGGGUGGCACCUGGAGUUAAAACAUCUGGAGAUUCCAAAUUUGUACAGCCUCCAACUGCAACUCAUGAUGUUAUCUCAAGCUCAACAACUUCAGAUGAGACUGAAAUAGAGCCCCACACAGCAACAAGUGAUCCUAUUCUGGACUCUGUCCCACCUAAAACUUCUAGAACUCCUGAACAGCCAAGGGCAACACUGGCUCCAAGUGAAGCAUCAUUUGACCCUCACAAGGUGGAAAUCUUCACCAGUCCUGAAGUGCAGCCCACAACCGCUGCUCCCCAGCAAACUACGUCUAUCCCCACCACAUCUAAACGACGCUUCAGACCUAAGCCACCGCCAAUAAUCAAACCUGCCCCAGAGCCUGAGACUCUACCAUCAGCAAAGUCAACAAAGGCUCCAACAAAGACCAAACGACCAGGCCGCCUCCGCCCCCGUCCUAAAACCACACGUAGUCCAGAAGUACCUGAGUCCAAACCUGCUCGGGAACCUGCCACUGUACCGCUGGUACCCACAACUGUUCCCAAACUGUCCCAGAGACCCAAAGCAACACGCAGGCCAGAGGUACCCCAAAUCCAGCCUGAUUUAAAACCACCAAAGCAAUUGCCUCCUAAGCCCAAAGCCACACCUGACAUGCCACCAACUAAAUUCGCCUAUGAGCAGCCUGCUACACUUGGAACUGAAGCCCCUGCCCUAGCCAUAGUUACUACCACAGACAUUGAACCUGUAAUUACGAGAACCAAGGCUCCGGCGACAGCAUUAGCCCCCAAAACACCACAACCAAGAACUCACCGUCCACGUCCUCCUAUUCAUAAAGCCACCCCACGCCCAGAGAUACCUCAGCCUAAACCAGCAGAAUUGGGACCUAUCACUCCUGAGCCAUCUUUAGCUUCAACAACAACAAAAAAAGCCCGCCGCCGCCUACGUCCUAAAGAUAAAACCAUACCCCAUCCAGAAGUACCUCAGACUAUAUUGGUUCCUGCUACAACCCUUGAACCAGUUAUUAGAACUGAGGCUCCAGGAAUGACCUUAGCUCCCAAACUGCCUCAACAACCAAGCCAUCCACAUCCAAAACCUAAAACGACAAGGAGUCCGACAGCACCUCAGACAGAACGGGUUUCUACUCCAGUCUUUGAACCAGUUACUCCUUUAAAAGAGGAUCCAGUGGCCACAAUAGUUCCUAUUACAGACCUUGAACCUGUUACAGACCUUGAAACGCCUGUUGCUUUUAGAACUGAGGUCCCUGGGACAACACUAGCUAGCAAAAUGUCACAAAGAACCCGCCGUCCAAAACCCAGACCUACAGCCACAAUGAGCCCUCAAGCACCUCAGACAAAACCUGCCCUGGAACCUGUCACUCCUAGACCUGAGGCCCCAGUAACACUAGAACUUGAACCUGUGACACUCAGAACUGAGACUUGGGUGACAACAAAAGCUCCUAAAACAACAAAACGGCCCCGCCGUCCACGCCUCAAACCUAAAACCACACCAGCUCCUAAGGCGCCUCUAACUAAACCUGUUGCUGCUACAGAUCUUGAACCCAGUGCUCUUAGAACCGAAGCUCCUGCGACUGUGGUUCUUGCUACAGCCCUUGAACCUGUCACUCUUAGAACCAAGGCUCCUGAAACAACAACCUUAGCUUCUAAAGUACAUCGGACACAACGUCCACAUCCCAGACCUAAAACCACAGCAAGUACUGAUAUGUCUGAGUCCAAGUCGGCUCCCACUGAACUGCAAACUCUUGUUUUGAAACCAGUGACUUCACCAAGCCUAGAAAUGACACAUAGUCAAUCUGUUUCUGAUGACCGGGAACUGGUUGCGUUUAGCACUGAGUCACCACAGAAGACAAUAGCACCAGCUGAAACCGAUUAUGUAGAUACCACUAUCAAAGAACCUCUUAGGCCAGAGGAGCCAAGGACAGAAGUUGUGGACUCUCUUACACAUGUGUCUGGGCUUCCUGAGACCAUGCUAGAAACAUCACCUCUGCCCUCCCAAACUAUAGUCCUACCCAGACCAGAGGAGCCUCAGAUGGAACCUGUUCCCAGGCAGACACCCGGUACUCCUCCCAAGCUCAAAACAACACCACGCCCAAGAAUCCCACCACAACCACCAGUUCCUAAGGGGUCCCAGCGUACUACUUCAAAACCAAAAACGCCACCACGUCCUGAAGGGGCAGACACUACAUCUGUUCCAAAGGAUGAACAACUUUCCCAUAAAACAGACCCUGAGGUCUCUCACACUGAAACUGUUCUGCCUCCUGUCACCUUUAGAGCUGAGCCACUGAAGACAACAAUAGCACCUUUAGAGACACGGAACAUUCCUUUCAUACCUGUGAUUUCACCACGACCUAGUCAAGAAGAACUACAAACCGCCCUGGAAGAAACAGACCGGUCCACCCAGGAGCUCUUCACAACUAAGAUUCCACAAACAACUGAAUGGGCAAAGACAACUCAGGCACCACACAGAUUGCACACGACUCCUGUGAGGCCCAGAAUACUUGACAGACCACAUGCCAGGCCUGUUCUGAACAAAACAACUACAAGACCUGGUAAAACCAAACCCAAAGGAAAUGGAAUCGGAACAGGAACCAAGCAAGCACCUAAGCCACCAAGUACUGGGAGAAAUGUGUCAGUGGAUCCACAUGCCACAAAAAAACCAGCCACAACUCCAGGGACUCGUCGCCCACCCAUGCGCCCUGGACCUAUAUCUCCCCAGAGAAAACCUUUGCCACCGAAUAAUGUCACCGGAAAGCCAGGAAGUGCAGGAAUCAUUUCCUCGAGCAGAGUAACUUCCCCACCCCUGAAGGCAACACUCAAACCUACUGGAACAGCUGCAGAGAGACCAGAGGCAGAAAAAAAGCACCCAACCACUCCUGCUUCCGAAGAAGAAAUUGGUAAUCCGACUGAUUUUAGUUCAAGUCCAACAAAAGAAACUGAUCAUCUUGGGAAGCCCAGAUUCACAGGGCCCCAUGUGCGAUAUAUCCCGAAGCCUGACAACAGACCCUGUUCCAUCACCGACUCCGUCAGGCGGUUCCCUACGGAGGAAGCCAUAGAAGGGAAUGCCACCAGCCCGCCACAGAACCCGCCCACCAACCUCACUGUGGUCACCGUGGAAGGCUGCCCCUCGUUUGUCAUCUUGGACUGGGAAAAGCCACUAAAUGACACGGUCACUGAAUAUGAAGUCAUAUCCAGAGAAAAUGGGUCAUUCAGUGGGAAGAACAAGUCCAUUCAAAUUACAAAUCAAACCUUUUCUACAGUAGAAAAUCUGAAACCAGAUACAAGCUAUGAAUUCCAGGUGAAACCCAAAAAUCCACUUGGUGAAGGCCCCGCCAGCAACACAGUGGCAUUCAGUACUGAAUCAGCUGACCCAAGAGUGAGUGAGCCAAUUUCUGCAGGAAGAGACGCCAUCUGGACUGAAAGACCCUUUAAUUCAGACUCCUAUUCAGAAUGUAAAGGCAAACAAUAUGUUAAAAGGACAUGGUAUAAAAAAUUUGUCGGAGUACAACUAUGCAACUCUCUCAGAUACAAGAUUUACUUAAGUGACUCCCUCACAGGCAAAUUUUACAACAUAGGAGAUCAGAGGGGCCAUGGCGAAGAUCACUGCCAGUUUGUGGAUUCAUUUUUAGAUGGCCGCACAGGACAGCAACUCGCCUCUGACCAGUUACCCACCAAAGAAGGCUAUUUCAGAGCCGUUCGCCAGGAACCUGUCCAAUUUGGAGAGAUAGGUGGUCAUACCCAAAUCAAUUAUGUCCAGUGGUAUGAGUGUGGGACCACAAUACCUGGAAAAUGGUAGAGGCGGCACAAUUAUUUCCAAAGUACUUCUGGUUCAUUAUCGCAAAAAGGAAAGCAAACAGGAAGGAACCCGCAGGAUAUACUAUGGUAUUUGUCACACCCAUUCAAAGCUAUUUUGUUUACUAUGUAUAAAAGUUUGCAGUCUAACUGACAGCAGUACUAGAUGUUUAUUAUUAGAAAAGAUUACUGAGAAUAUUUAUCAGGUUUUACAAAGUCAUUUUAAGAAAGCAAGAUAUUAACAUUAAUAGAAUAACAUUUUUAGGGAAGCUGGCUCCCUAUUCAUGAUAUUUUAAGAGAUCAUUUGUAUAUUAUUUAUCACACUGUUGUAAUGUUUUCAGAUACUUUUAUAACAAAAUUAAUGUCAAAAUCUUUAAUAUGCUUUAUAAAAAGUAUUUACUUUAUUGAUGUGUACGUGUUGUUGGCGAGUUAAAUCCAUAAAUCUCUACUUGGUUUAACUUAUUGGAUCAAAUAAUCUUCAGCAUAUACAUGUGAGAGAAAGUGGUUCUAAUAUUUACAUUUAUGUAAACUUCAAUUUUUUAGCAUCAGAUGAACAGAUUUUGAGUUUAAAUAGUUAUAUAUUCAUGCUAACUUUUCUGUAAGCUACCAGCAAAUUACUGAAAAGAGAAAUCUGAAUCAUUUUAUUUCAGCCAGAAGCAGCUGAUAAUCUGAUAUGUCAAAUGAUAAAUUUUGGUGUUUUUUUCUGUACCCAUAAUAUUAUAUCUAAAAAUACUUUCUCAAACUCUUCCUUUAAGCAUUUCUUUUAAAUGGCUCUAUGGUUCUAAUUCAAGCUGUAUUUAGAGACUAAGUGUGAAGUCAGCAUGAAAAGAUACUGCAUGGUGAGAUGCUAUUGUUUUAUAGGAUAUAUUAUAUAUUUAUAUGUUAAGGCCAUGAAUGAAUGUUAUCAAGGGGUUGUUUUUGUGAAACGGUUUGCUUAAGCUGUAACAAAACUGACGCAUUUUCAUGGGGGGGGGGGGUAUUGCUUUCCUUCAUAUGGAGGAGAGAGCAAGAAUAUUAUUGCCUGUCCUGAAAAGAUGUUUCUGUGUGUCUUUCAAUAUGCUUCAGUUUCAUCAAUGCUACAUUUUGUAUUUUUCAAGCAAAUAUAAACUCUGCAAUAAAAAGAUGUAAGUUUUUAAAAAAUGA